AUGGAGCCCUCGGGGGCGAACAAGGGUUUCUUCCAGCCCGCCCCGAUUUUGCCGAACCAGUUCUAUGACGAUGUUUCCUUUCGCAGAUGCUUCAAACUAUUUCUCCCUUUCAGUGUUAUAACCGAAGUCGAGGCGGAAGUUGCUGCUCUGGGGAGGGAUGUCCUCUCGGACGAAGUGUUUGCCUGGAUCACGGAUGCCGAGCGAAACAAGCCCUACCUCAAGGGGAGCGGCCGGGAUGCCUUUGGCAGACUGCAAGGUGAGCUGGUGACUGGCGAGGGAUGGAGGCAGUUGCAAAAGUUUGGCCUCUCUAGGGGCAUCGUUGCCACCGGCUACGACACGCCGUACGGCGCAUUCUCUCGCCCGCUGCAAUACCUGCGUCUGCAUCUCUGGGAGGCCUCGUCUGCCAACGUGACCUGCCCGUCGGCGAUGCAGGACGGCGCGGCAGCUCUGCUGAGGAAGCAUCUGGCGUCCAGGCGUCUCACCGAGACCGAGCGCAAGGUCUUUGAAGACGCCUAUCGCCGCCUCAUUUCACGCGACCCGAGCGUCGCCUGGACCAGCGGCCAGUGGAUGACGGAACGCUCUGGAGGCAGCGACGUAUCGCAGACCGAGACCGUUGCCGUCUACAAGCCCGAGGGAGCCGAGGGCCAGCUCGCGUCUAAAGAAGGCAAGAUUCCCCUUGGGCCCUGGAGCAUCAGCGGAUUCAAGUGGUUCUCGUCCGCGACAGACUCCGACAUGACGGUUCUGCUUGCACGUACGUCGCACGGCGGGCUCAGCACCUUCUUUGCGCCCAUGCGGCGACACGACCCUACCGCCAAAACCAUGACCGGGCACCCCAAGUCUGAUGGAACUCGACUCAACGGCGUCUGGAUCCAGCGGCUCAAGAAUAAGCUGGGCACGCAGUCGCUCCCUACUGCCGAGCUCGUGCUUGAAGAUAUGCGCGGCUGGCUGAUUGGUGAAGAGGGAAGGGGUAUUCAGGAGAUCAGCACCAUCUUGACGCUGACCAGGAUCCACAACGUGAUCACGGCCUGCGGCUAUGUCGGUCGAGGGUUGGGUAUUGCAAGGGCGUAUGCUCGACGACGGGAGGUCGGGGCUGGUCGCGGUGCCCGGAUGAAGCUGACCGAGAGCACGCUGCAUAUGCGCACCCUGGCCAAUUUGACCGCCGAGUAUCACGGACUGAUGCUCCUGAGCAACUUUUGCGGCUAUCUCCUGGGCAUUUCGGAGCACGAGGCGACGCCACCGACCUCGGCUCUGGCCGCUCUCACGCCGGCGAACCACUACAUUGAUCCUCUCUUGCGCAUCGUCGUGCCCCUCGCCAAGGCCUACGUGUGCAAGGCCGCCGUCCCUCUGCUCUACUCGUGCAUGGAGUCACUCGGCGGCGUGGGCUACCUCGUCAACGAAGAGCAGGAGUAUCUCAACAUUGCCCGCCUCUACCGCGACUGCUGCGUGUUGCCCAUCUGGGAGGGCACCACCGACGUCUUGUGCACGGACAUGAUCCGCGUCCUCAAGCACCCUCAGUCGGGAACCCGGUCGCUGGAUGCCCUUGACAACUUCAUCAAGAACGCGUAUGGGCUCCAAACCGACGCCGUUAAGAAGCCCCCCGAAUGGGAUCCUGUAUCCAAGUGGUCUGCCUUGCGGUGGUACAUUGACGAUAAGACGCAGGGCGACUUGGUCGGCGAGGGCAGGGAGAUUCUGUGGGACAUUGCUGAGCUUCUCAUUUCCUUGCUGCUCUAUGUUGAUGCCAGUACCGAUGGGAACGAGGCGGCCAAGGAGAUCUUCCGUCGCUUUGUUCAGGAAAAGUUUGCCAAGGAGAAGAGGCAGAGAGAUACGACGGCGGAGGAGCUCAAGAGGGACUUGGCUAUUGUCUAUGGUGUCGAGGAGGCGGAGGCUGUGAGCAGGGAGAUUUCGAAAUUGUAA